GAAAUCACCAAUUUGUCUUCUUUCUAUAUUUGUCAAGAGGGCGCUGCUGAACAUCGAAUCUUUCAAGUUCACGCGAUAGCCAUAGCCGCGUAUCCGGCGUAUCCAGGCGCGUAUCGUGAUUGAUCGUGAUUGAUCGUCGAUACCGAGGAGUUCAGAGGAGUUCGAGGACUCGAGGACGGUUGAGGAAAAUCAUUCGCAACGCAACGGGAUCGCAGGAGUAGUCUGCAUGAUCAUCGUCUGAACCACGUGUUACCUCGUGCCAUCGCAGCCUCACGAUCUCACGCCAACCUCGCUCUAGCCUCCUCGUCGCGAUUCCGGUGGAGCCGUCCGCGUGCGGUUAACGAUUCCCCCGGUCGUAGGAAUGACCUCGAGUGGCAGCAGCCCGAUACCGAAAUGGCAGCUUGCCCUAGUGGUUGGAGCGCCGGUUGCCCUCGGCCUCGGCUACAUGUACUACAGGAACAAAAACAGUAGCAGCAGUAGUAAGGUAGACAAGCCGGAACGCGACAGGUUUAGGAGCGGCGCGGCGGCCAGGGAGAACGGCGCGCCCGCCGACAAGCAGAUCUCCAUCGACGGCGAUUGCAAAGUGCCUUCUCCUGCAGCCGAAUCGGAGACUCCUUUACAAAAGGCGCAAAAGUAUAAGAAUGAAGGAAAUGUACAUUUCAAAGCAGGAAAAUAUGAUGAAGCUAUUGCUAGAUAUAAUAAAGCAAUUGACAUUUGUCCAAAAGAGAAAGUGGAGGACCUAGCAACUUUUUAUCAAAAUAGAGCGGCUGCAUAUGAGCAAUUGAAAAAAUAUAGUGCUGUAAAGGCAGACUGUACAAAAGCAUUAGAAUUAAACCCAAAAUAUGCAAAAGCUUUGCUACGUCGAGCACGUGCUCUGAAGGAAAUAGGAGAGUUGGAAGCUGCUUUGGAGGAUGUGACUAUUGCAUGUAUUCUUGAAAAUUUUUCUAAUCAGACUUCUCUCACAAUGGCAGAUAAAAUCUUGGAAAAGCUUGGGAAACAACAUGCCCAGGAAAAUUUGGCAAACAAAGACUUUAUAAUGCCAAGUAAACAUUUUAUUAAAACUUACAUUAUAUCUUUUCCUAAUGAUCCAGUGUUCACUAGGCUUCAACAUCCAGAAAAUAUUCCAGAAUUUUUCAAGAAACCAUUACAAGCGUUAAAAGACACGGAGUAUGAUGAUAUAAUACCACUGUGCACAGAAAUUAUUAAAAGACCUGAAUUCAAUAUGUUACCUUCGUCUAGAAUUGAGGUGUUGUUAUUACGAGCUACAUUUUAUUUAUUGUUGGGCAAACACACUGUCGCAUUGGAAGAUUUCGAAAGUAUAUUGAACAGUGAAGAUACGUCCGAUGAUGUUAAGAUAAACUCUCUGAUAAAGAGAGCAGCCUUACACAUGCAACUCGAGGAUACGGAAAUGACUUUCAAGGACUUUGAAUUGGCUAUUAAGAUGAAUCCAAGUUAUAGCGAUAUCUACCAUCAUAGAGGACAGGUAAAUUUGCUCAUGAACAGAAUAGACGAAGCUAAACGCGAUUUUGAAAAGGCUGUUGAAUACAAUCCAAACUUUGGCAUAGCAUACGUGCAAAAAUGUUACACGGAUUAUCAUUUUGCGAUGUUCAAUAGGGAACAUGGAUUAGCCGAAGCGGCUGUGAGAGACUUUGAAAGAGCUUUCGAAAAGUAUCCAGAUCCCCCUGAAUGUACAUAUUCUUAUAUAAUGUAUGCUCAGAUGAUGUGCGAAACUCAAGAAUAUCAAAAGGCUGAUGCUUAUUUUGCCAAAGCAAUAGAGAAAGAUCCAGAGAACGCAACUGUCUAUGUGCACAGAGGUUUAUUGCAAUUGCAGUGGAACGGUAAUGUCGACAAAACUGUGGAAUACAUUAAUAAAGCGAUAGAACUGGAUGAAAAGUGCGAGCUUGCUUAUGAAUCGUUAGGUAGUAUCGAAGUGCAAAGAGGAAACAUAGAAGAAGCAAUAAAAUUAUUUGACAAGGCUCUAAUGUUAUGUCGUACGUUUAUGGAACUGACACAUAUAUACAGCUUAAGAGAUGCUGCAAAAACACAACUUAAUAUAAAGAAUCGAUUAGGUAUGGAUGUUAUUCGGCCUUCUCGAUUCAUGUCGAAUCAUGCUGACCAUGUUCUAAAUUACUAAAAAAUUAAAAAUAAAAGACCACUGUUACUAAACUACAAGUCAAUCAAAUUUCAUGUUAGCACAUCAAUCUUCACGCAACAUGAUAUCAUAUAAGAUAUCCCAAAAAUUGAAGCAAUAUUAUACCAGUUUGCAUUAUUAUAUCAUGUUUGCAUUAUUGAAAGUUAAGUUUAUAACUUUGUUUCCAACUGCAUUUGAUGAUUUACACAAAAAAUGUUAGUGAUAUAUAGUAGUUAUCAUAGAUAGUUAUCAAAGCUUUAAAGUAUUUGUUAGCAGCUUAAGUUUAUAAAUUACUAUUUAGAAUUGCUCAAGUUUUAUUUUGUAACUUUGUUUGCGUAAAUGUUAAAAUUUGUUAUGUCCUUUAAGUAAUUUUGUGAUUAUAAUCACCAAUGUUUUACCUUCUAAAGGAGAAAAUAUUUAUCAAUUUUAUUUAGAAUUCUUUAGGGAAUAUUUUACAUGUUAAAAACAGCCUAUUAUCAAUGAUUGACAAAAUUAUCUUUUUAGAUAAUUAUUUUCGAAUUGUAUACAAAGUUUGUAUAAAACUUGUACAGAAGCUAUUUUAUGGUUAUUCCUUAUUUGAUCAUGUGCAGAAAAUCAUGUAUUAAUCAAAUAAAUAUUUGUAAUAUACUUUA